UACCUCCGGACAAACACCCUGCCCGUGGGACCAAAUCCGAUUACGAAGCGAGCGGGUGGCUCUCCGAUUUUCAAUUCGCCAUGGCAGCUCUCCCUUCAUCAUCAAACGCCAUCAUCGCUUCUCGCAUUUCGUAUCUCUCCACUCCGACUCUUGUAACGCUGUCUUCUAUCGUCCCUUGCAUACGCCCUCACCUCGGUGUUUUUCCGGAAGUGGACUCAUUAGAUAGAAAUGUGCCAAAUCGGAGUAAAAAAUCAAAGAGUUAUGCUCACAGUUCCUGGAAACAUCUUUGUUGUGAUAAUGGAGAAACUUCUGUUCUGAAGAGUAAAGAUUUUGCAGUUCCCAGGAGAGGGGCAAUCGCCUUGAUUUUCUCGAGUUUCGUGCUAACAAAUUCACUAGACACCGCACUUGCUCAAUCCAUUGGGUUUAGGGAGUACAUUGAUAACUUUAAUGGCUAUUCAUUCAUGUAUCCUCACAACUGGAUUCAAGUAAGAGGUGCUGGUGCUGACAUAUUCUUCAGGGAUCCUUAUGUUCUUGAUGUGAAUCUCUCCUUGGAGAUAUCCUCUCCUUCCUCCUCCAAGUACCAAAGUGUAGAAGAUUUGGGCCCGCCCCAAGAAGCUGCAAAGAAAGCACUUCGCCAGUAUUUGACGGAGUUCAUGUCCACUAGGCUUGGCGUCAGGCGUGAAUCAAGCAUUCUCUCCUCUUCUUCAAGAGUGGCAGAUGAUGGGAGGUUGUACUAUCAAGUUGAGGUGAAUAUAAAGUCAUAUGCCAACAACAAUGAGUUGGCUGUGAUGCCACAAGAUCGAGUGGCUCGCCUGGAAUGGGAUCGGCGAUACCUCUCCGUACUUGGAGUGGAAAACAACAGGUUAUAUGAAUUGAGAAUACAGACUCCUGAAAAGGAGUUCUCUGUAGCGGAGAAGGACAUUCGCGAAGUCAUGAACUCCUUCAGAGUGAAUAAGGUGUCAGUUUAAUCUUUGAUGUUUUCUGGCUCACGAUGUUCUUUUUUCUUCUUCCUAUCUUUUAUUUGGGUUGCCUUUUGAUGAGUCUGGAACUUAGUUUUCUUUUAGUAUGCUGUAAAAAAAAGGUAUAUUCUCAAGUUACUCGGUUCCCUUUAAGUUUUCUGUUAACCAUAAGCUGAAAUCUUCUGAAUUUCUAAUACGUUUCAAAAUUAUAUUUCAU